AUGGCUGACUCUGGACGUGGUGGCCGGGGCGGUGGCCGUGGUGGCCGGGGAGGAGAUCGUGGGGGCCGUGGUGGAGAUCGUGGAGGCCGUGGUGGAGGAGGGCGUGGAGGCGGUGACUUCCAACCUAGAGGAGGCGGCGAUGGCGGCGGCUUCCGAGGUGACCGAGGCGGCGGACGUGGCGGCUUUAGAGGAGACCGCGGCGGCCGUGGUGGCGGUCCUGGAGGUGAUCGUGGUGGCCGUGGUGGUGGCUUCCGAGGUGACCGGGGUGGCGGUGGCUUCAGAGGUGACCGGGGAGGACGAGGCGGCUUUGACCGCGGUGGACGAGGUGGUGGUGGACGAGGUGGUUACGGCGGCUUCAGAGACCCAUUCGAGAAUGAGUCUCAAUUCUUCGGUCAGAACAAGCCAAUUCCCCAACCCGAUCGCGGCACAAUCGAGCUCGAGAAUCGCAUCAUCAAGGCUCACCAGUCUGAGGACGCCCAACUUUUCAAGAAGAUGAGCUCGAUGACGCUCACUGAAGCGAACUCGGCCGCACUCAUGCCCCGUCGCCCUGCCUACGGGACCAAAGGCAAAAAGGUCAUCCUGUGGGCCAACUACUUCCACCUCACCGUCAACCCUGACGCCGUUUGGCGGUACAACCUUGAAGUCCGCAAGGGCGAAACUAAGGAGAAGGAGUCUACACCUAAGGGCAAGGGCAAGGGCAAGGAGAAGGCCCAGCCUGGAGGUGGUGGCAGCAGUAGCGGCGGCGGCGGCAGCGAUGGCCCUCCAUCUUCCAUCCCGGCUCGCAAAUUGAAGAUCAUUCUUCAAGCUGCUCUCGAAGAGUUGAAGAACCUUGAGCCAAACGCCAUUCUCGCCACCGAGUUCAAAAGCCAGCUCAUCUCUCUGAAGAAGCUCAAGUUGGCCGUCAACCCCAUCAAGGUUAUCCUCAGGCAGGAGAAUUCCGACAGGUCAGAGAGCUACCUGGUUAAGAUCGUUGGCGAAACAGCAGCUCCAUUGAAGGAGAUGAAGGAGUAUCUUCAGACCAUGAUUGACAAGAGCGACCCGGACGAAGCCAACUUCCCUAGAUUUGCAGCCUCUGUCGACGCUCUAGGCGUCAUUCUCGGCUACACUGCCCGUAAGAACGACCAGGUCACUGCUAUUGGCAAGGGCCGGUUCUUUCCUUGGGGUCAAGGAUCUACCAGUCACCAGCUUGGCCAACAGGAUCCUCUCACGGCUAUUAGAGGAUACUUCCAAAGCGUGAAACUGGGCACAGGGUCAAUGCUCUUGAACGUCAACGUCACCCAUGGUGUCUUCAAGAUGCCCGUCAGUAUUCGCGACCUUUGCCUUUGGUCUCAGGUCGAUGUCUUCCAAAGGAGCCCUGCAGAUGCCACACGGAACAUCACCAGACUUCGCGCCUUGUCCAAGUUUCUGGCUCGCACUCGUGUCGAGAUCAAGUUCAAGGAUGCAAAGGGACAAGAGAUCACCCGUAAGAAGACGGUUCUCGGCCUUGCAUACAGGGGAGACCUCAGGAGCAACGAUGCUAGAAUUGCGGAUCCAUGGCACUACGGUGGCCCUCGCCAGGUGUCCUUCAGGAUGGAGCCAGCAGACGGACAAAGGACGGUGAUGAACAACAGACCGCCAGGCAUGUACACCGUCGAGCAAUAUUGGACCUGGAAGUACGGCACAGCUCCCGAUCUCACCUUGCCUCUCGUCAACCUUGGAACCCGCGAAAAGCCGACAUUCUUCCCAGCUGAGCAGUGCACCAUCAUUGCCGGCCAAGCUGUUCGCGCAAAGCUCAACGGCCAGGAGACGACCGAGAUGCUCAACUUUGCUUGUCGAUCCCCCUUUAGCAACGCCAUCUCCCUCACUUUCGACAGCUGCAAAGCUUUGGGCCUCGACAGCGAGGUUGUCAAGGACUUUGGCCUCAAGGUCGACAAGAAUCUCUUGACCGUCCACGGUCGCGAGUUAAUCGCGCCUAAUCUUUCGUAUGCGAACAAGAGCAUCACCGCUUCAAAAGGCUCAUGGAACAUGAUCAAUGCCAAGUUUGCCAAGGCGGGACCCAAUAUCAGUAGCUGGACAUGGGUGCGUAUCAAGGACCGAUACUCAAGGAGCUCGAAAAGUGAAGUGGAACGAGUCGUCGGCGCCUUUGCUCAAGAGCUUAGGACCAACGGCAUGAGCCUUUCGGCUCCUAUUGAACUUCCAGAUCACGAAGUAGCCGACAGCGCCGGCGCAAUCGCUGAUCGUUUCAAGAAGCUGGACGAGUACUUCAAGUUCAAGAAGCACAAUGCCAAGGGUCUCUUCUUGCUCAUCGUCCUUCCCAGACAGGAUACUGGAUUGUACAGCACCGUCAAGAAGCUCGCAGAUACGGUGUAUGGCUUCCACUCUGUGUGCGUUGUGGAGAAAACCUUCAUGAAGGACAACAAGCAGACCUAUGCCAACGUCGGCCUCAAAUGGAACCUGAAGAAUGGUGGUGUCAACCACAUCGUCAAGGAUCCUAUUGACAUUGUCAACCAGGGGAAGACAAUGAUCGUUGGCUACGACGUCACUCACCCGACCAACAUGCCAAAUGACAAGAAUUCGGCACCCAGUCUGGUCGGCUUGGUCGCCAGCGUUGAUAAGGACAUGGGUCAAUGGCCGGGCGUCGCUUGGGAACAGGACAGUCGUCAGGAAAUGCUUGGUAACGAGCUGGUCACCCACUUCAAGCGUCGCCUCGAGCUCUGGAGAGCGCACAACAAGGGCAACCUUCCGGAAUACAUCGUCAUCUACCGUGAUGGCGUGUCUGAGGGUCAGUUCACGCAAGUCCUCGAUAUUGAGCUGCCCAUGAUCCGUCAAGCGUGUACCGCGAUGUACGGUAACCGCAGGCCCAAGAUCUCGAUCAUCGUCUCUGUCAAGCGCCACCAGACUCGAUUCUAUCCGACCUCGGAAGCUGACAUGGAUCCCAAGUCGCGCAACAUCAAGAACGGCACGGUUGUCGAUCGUGGAAUCACUCAAGCGCGUUACUGGGAUUUCUUCCUUACAGCUCACACUGCCUUGAAGGGCACCGCCCGCCCGGCUCACUACACGGUGCUCUUGGACGAGAUUUUCCGCGAUAAGUAUGGUGUCGGCGACAGAGCGGCGGAUAACCUGGAGAAGCUCACCCACGACCUCUGCUACUCGUUUGGCCGAGCGACCAAGGCCGUCAGCAUCUGCCCCCCGGCCUAUUACGCAGACAUUGUGUGCGAGAGAGCUCGCGUCCACCGGCCUGAGCACUUUGAUGCGUCGGAAGCGUCGGAGACUGGCAGUACCGUUGGUGGCCCGUCGACUUUGAGCGUCAGCGUGCAUGAGAACUUGAAGGACACAAUGUACUACAUAUGA